AUGUCGGACGCAGCCGACAGAAAAAGCCCCGCCACGACCACCACCACCGUACGGUUAUAUCCCGAGGAAUAUCCGACGACAUCCAUCCAAUCCACCCAGGCCAUCCGGACGAGACGGGCAACGGCGGCUGAUAAGGGAGAAGGACAGCAAGAACGAUCACGGGCCAUUCACAAACCAUCUCUCGCUCUCUUGCUGUUGCAUCCUCUUCUCAACCUUCUCCUGUUCCAUCUCAUGGCCGCCCAGGCUACCGCCUCGCGGCUCCCUUCACCACCAUCCCACUCCCCCUCCCCCUCCCUCCUCCCCAACCGCGAACCAGCAGGCAACGGCCACCUCCACCUGUCCAACCCACACCACGCCCGCUUCUCGGCCCUGCGCGCAUCCUACCCGCUCAAGCUCCUCGCUCCCAACUCGCUCCCAUCACAACCACCACAUGUCGCACUGGCCUAUUCGCUAGCGUACGGCGGCGGCCUCGUAGCGGGAGACCGCGUCCAGCUGUCCAUCACCGUCGACGCCGGCUGCGGCCUCGUCCUCCUCACGCAGGGCAGUACAAAAGUGUACAAGCACCGCAUGGGGUUGAGACCCCAGUCCCACCUCCUCCGCCCCACCGACACUGACCAGCCGGCCAAGGACGGCAAAAACGGCGAGGCACCGCUUACACGGCAGCGCAUGCACGUCGCCGUCGCGCCGGGCGCGUUCCUCCUCCUCAUGCCCGACACGGUCUCGCCCUUUCGCGACUCGCGGUAUGCCCAGGCCCAGCGGAUCGUCCUCGCCGAGGGCUCGUCGGCGCUCAUCCUCGACUGGGUCAACUCGGGCCGCGGCCACCGGCCACCCAUGCCCACGCGCUAUGUUGUGAGCAAGGAUACGACCGACGACGCCAUCAAGAGCGGCGCAACAGCGCCGGACGAGGAAGUGUGGGCCAUGGCAUACUAUGGCAGCACGAACGAGGUCGUCGUCAACGGCGCAGUGGUCGCGCGCGAGCGGAUGGUGCUGGAUAACGCAGGACACGCAACGGACAAGACGGGGUCGGGGCUCAGUCCCGUCGCCCUCCGUCUCGCGCCGUACCACAUCUACGCCACCGUGCUGGCGUAUGGCCCGCACCUCGCGCCCCUGCGUGCGCUGCUCGACAAGGUUGUCGAUGGCACAUUCCAGUUCCAACUGCCCCGCCCUCCAGGACUGAUAUGGAGUUACUCUGCGCUCUCGGAUGACGGCGGGAUCCUCCGCGUGGCCGGGUUGGAGGUCGAGGACGUGCGGUCGUGGCUCCGGGCGGUGCUCCAGGCUGGCGGUGUGGCGGACCUUGUGGGCGAGGGACUGUGGCCGCGGUGUAUUUAG